CCGUAGUGGAUGGUUGGUUGGUGCGGAGUCGCUCAUGUCUGUUGCUACGAAGAACUUCUUACCAUCAAUCGGAUAUUAUUUUUAGUUUUGCUAAUCGGGGCGUUACCUUCACAGUCUUCAGAUUCAUAACGAGCUCACCACCUACAUCCAGACGGCUGAAUUAAGUUUUUCUCUUUCAUGAAUUUCGCUGAAGUUCAAACUAGGCUGUUAACAGCAGUGGUUUGAAACUCUCUUACCUGCAGAAAUAUGUUACCCCUUUACUGAAGGUAGAUUUUUGUUAUCGACUAAAUUUGCACUUUGAAGUCAAAAGCAACUAAGACGACCGCAUCUUGGCUGGAAAAAGAACGCCCAUAAGAGCCCACACUCCUUAAUUGAUCGACAUCUUGUAUUACCCAUCAUCGAUUACUUGCGAGAAACGUACGACGUAUACAAACACGUUGCAAUUUAAUUGGGAAGCGAACUCCGCCUCACUAUGUCGUCCGUGGACUCUAUGCCUCGACAUUCGUCGUCAGUAAUGAACACAACAGCCGUCAAGAGGGUACAAUUAUUCGCUGAGAAUUCGGUGGACACGUCCUUUUUUACGAUGAAAAGUUCGGGAAUCCCUUCGCCGUUUCACCAAAGAGAUUCUAUUUGCGGGGAUCCUUUUUCCGCUGAAGACUCGACCAUAUUAUCUGGUAGUUUCCCAGAGCAGUCAAGUUCCUCCGCUCCCUCUGCCAAAAUGUCAGAAACUCGUUCGUCGCCUCCCAACAACUCUAUUAAUACGAGUAACGUCCAUGGAUCUCCUGGAUUGGGUAGCGCCUCGAGCGUCGUGCUCAGUUUACACUGCAACUUUUGCACGGAUUGCUUGCAAGCGACUACAGUCUGCAGUGUCGCACUCGGCUACACUGAAAAUCUACCAAACGAGGCUACCAAGUGGUCUACUAGACCGCCUGCACACUCCCACUCUACACCCACUCUCCCCAUCCAGGGCUGCCCCACAACAAAGACCCCACAGCACCUACACACCUUCCCCGCGUCUCAUAUCUCCAACGAGGGUCGCGGUUCGACGCCGUCUUUGCUCAGUGUCCCCAUCCAGUCCCCUUCUCCUCCUCUCUCUCACAUCUCUUUCCUAAGAUCGUCUCUAGUGUUCCGGCACCGUUCCUCGUUGCCUUGCCUGCCUUCUUUCCUUCUCCCUCAUCACUCUACCUUGCUUGCUCCUCCCGCAUCCGUGGGUGCUCAUCCUUCGCCGCUGCACAGCCAUUUCCCUUCCUGCUUCAACUUUUCUCACUGCUUCUCCAUUCAGCGAUCUGUGAGCUCUACUCUCUUCAUUUCCCCUAACCCCAUCACUCCCGACCCCGCAACCCCUAACCCUGAGGACGCCAGAACUCGGUUGCGGCAAGUCCCAAUGAACUCCAACAUGUCUGCCACGACGGCCGACAACGGCAUCACCGACGAUGAAUGUGAAGUUGAUUCCAACAAGAAGGUCAUCGUGGGCAUCUGUGCCAUGGCCAAGAAGUCCAACUCGAAGCCCAUGCGUGAGAUCCUCACCAGGAUGGAGGAGUUCGAGUACAUCGUCACCACCAUCUUCCCCGAGGAGGUCAUCCUUAAGAGUCCCAUUGAAGAGUGGCCGCUAUGCGACUGCCUCAUUAGUUUCCACAGCGUAGGCUUCCCUCUAGAGAAAGCCCAGGCAUACGCAGCCCUCAGGAAGCCAUACGUCAUCAACAACCUUGACAUGCAGCAUGACGUACAGCAGAACCGCAUUGCGGUGUACAAGAUACUGCAGAGAGAGGGCAUCGAUAUGCCCCGUUUCGCCAUCCUCGACCGCACGGACCCUACGAAAUGCAACCUGAUCGAAGGCGAGGACCAUGUUGAAGUAAAUGGUGUUGUAUUCAAUAAGCCCUUCGUAGAGAAACCUGUGUCGGCUGAAGACCACAACAUAUACAUCUACUAUCCUACCUCGGCUGGAGGCGGCUCACAGAGGCUCUUCAGGAAGAUCGGCAGCCGCAGCAGCGUCUACUUCUCAGAGAGCCACGUCCGCAAGGCAGGCUCCUACAUCUACGAGGACUUCAUGCCUACCGACGGCACCGAUGUCAAGGUGUACACGGUGGGACCAGACUACGCGCACGCUGAGGCGCGCAAGAGUCCCGCACUGGACGGGAAGGUUGAGCGCGACAGGGACGGGAAGGAGGUGCGCUAUCCCGUCAUCCUCUCCCAUCAGGAGAAGAUCAUCGCUAGGAAGGUCUGCACGGCCUUCAAGCAAACCGUCUGUGGCUUCGACCUCCUCAGGGCUAACGGCAAGUCGUACGUGUGUGACGUGAACGGCUUCAGCUUCGUGAAGAACUCGAGUAAAUAUUACCACGACUGCGCACGUAUCCUGGGCAACAUGAUCCUCAGGGAGCUCGCCCCUGCCUUCCAUAUCCCCUGGGCCAUGCCCUUCCAGCUCGACGACCCUCCCAUCGUACCCACGACCCUCGGCAAAAUGAUGGAGCUGCGAUGUCUGGUAGCCGUGAUCAGACACGGCGAUCGCACCCCGAAGCAGAAGAUGAAGAUGGAGGUGCGACACCCAAAGUUCUUCGAGCUGUUCGCCAAGUACGAUGGCUUCAAAGACGGUCACGUGAAACUAAAAAAACCUAAGCAGCUUCAAGAGAUUCUCGACAUCGCCAGAAGUUUGCUCGUUGAGAUCGAGCAGCACAAAGCUGACACUGAGAUCGAGGAGAAGAAAGGAAAACUCGAGCAGCUCAAAGGAGUCCUCGAAAUGUACAAGCAUUUCUCAGGCAUCAACCGGAAAGUGCAGCUCAAAUACCAGCCCAAUGGGUGGAAGAGACGCUCCAGCAGCGAGGACGGGGAAGUGGGGGGAGCACCAUCUUUGGUGCUCAUCCUGAAGUGGGGAGGCGAGCUGACUCCUGCUGGUCGCAUCCAGGCGGAGGAGCUGGGCAGGAUAUUCCGCUGCAUGUAUCCUGGGGGACAAGAAAGAUCCAACUGGCAUCAUGACUCUUCUAGCAAACGCGAGUACUCGAACACCACACAAGGCCUGGGCCUCCUGCGCCUACACUCCACCUUCAGGCAUGACCUCAAGAUCUACGCCAGCGAUGAGGGGCGCGUCCAAAUGACGGCCGCUGCGUUCGCUAAGGGCCUGCUGGCGCUCGAGGGCGAGCUGACGCCCAUACUUGUACAGAUGGUAAAGAGUGCCAACACCAACGGCUUGCUGGAUAACGACUGCGACUCUAGUAAACACCAGAACAUCGUGAAGACAAAGCUGCACGAGAUGCUGCAGGUAGACAGGGAGUUCACCGCCGAGGAUCUGGAGAAGCUCAACCCGACGCACUCGAGCUCCAUCGACACCGCCCUGCAGUUCAUCAAGAACCCCGUCGCCAUGUGCGACAAAAUCUACGCUCUCAUCAACGAUCUCAACGAGCUUCUCAAGACCAAGGCUGCCGAGCAAAACAAACAAGAAAGGAAGUCCUCGCAUCACGGUGACUCCUGGGAACUGAUGCAGCGGCGCUGGUCUAAGCUCGAGAAGGAUUUCAAGACCAAGAAAGGCCAGUAUGAGAUAUCGAAAAUUCCUGAUAUUUAUGACUGCGUGAAGUACGACUUGCAGCACAACCAUCACCAAGUGCUCUUCGAGCGCGCCGAGGAGCUCUACAAGUGCUCCAAGUACAUGGCUGAUGUGGUCAUCCCGCAGGAGUACGGGAUGACGAAGCAGGAGAAACUCAGCAUCGGCGAGGGCAUCUGCACGCCGCUGCUCAAGAAGAUCCGUGCCGACCUGCAGCGCAACAUUGAACCUGACGCUGAGGACGCGCAUGGCGAGAGUGUGAACAGGCUGCAUCCCAGCUACUCGCACGGCGUGAGCAGUCCCGGGCGCCACGUACGCACGCGCCUCUACUUCACCAGUGAAAGCCACAUCCACUCUCUCCUCACCGUCCUCAGAUUCGGCGGCCUCAUCGACGCAACGAAAGACGAGCAGUGGAGUCGUGCCAUGGAGUACGUGGGCUCGGUCUCUGAGCUCAACUACCUCAGCCAAAUCGUGAUCAUGCUGUAUGAAGAUCCUACUAAGGAUCCUUCCUCCGAAAACCGGUUCCACGUGGAGCUCCACUUCAGCCCGGGCGUGAACUGCUGCGUGCACAAGAACCUGCCCCCCGGCCCAGGCUUCAGGCCCAAGAGCAAGAACGAACCUGAGGCUGGCGGUUGCUCAGUUCACAUUAGGGCUCCCUGUAGAGUGCCGCUGUCGCCGAAAUUGGAGGAGGAGAUGCGUCGCCAGCGUCACACGUCGCGCAUCGAGGAGGAGGACAUGCAGACGUCGCUGGACUCCACGUCUCUCAACUUCGCCGAGGACGGCAGUGACGACUCCAAGGAGGCCAAGGACGCUUCGGACAAAAAGAAGAACAAGAAAUACACGUUUCACUUCGAAGCGUGUGAUCCAAAAGCACCUUCCCCGAACGGCAGCGUGCGAUCUUCAUGUGGUAGUGAGCGAAAUCAAUCUUCGAAAAACACGACAUCGGACGGUAAUUUGGACAAGCGCAAAUCUUCCAGCGAAUCUGGCGAAUGUGAAAAUGGUUGGAACGGCACCAAGAAAGACACUACCGACUCCGGUGCUAGUUCUGCUCGUUGUUACUUCGAUCUCGGUGAUGAUAUUUCGAAAUCAAGUGGUGAUAUCCUACACGAUCCGUCAUCUGGAGCCUCCAGUGUUGUAUCGUUGUUAUCGACACCUGCCGCCGAAUCUGAAGAUUACAGAGACUCUGAUUUGAUAUCACUCAACAACCUGAAGGACCUCUGCACAUCCGCGACAGGAAAUGAUCGGCGUAACGAUCCGGUGACCGAUCGUAGUGGCUCAAAUAAUCUUACGUCGCUUGGUAAUCUUGCAGAUUUGUGCCCUUCAGCCAGAUCUUCUGAAGAUGUCAAAGCAGAUGAUGUGCAUCCUGGUCCAACUACAUGUACCGCUACCUGUUCAGCUAUCUCGUGUGUAACACCCACACAUGCUGGAGAUUCAUCCGUCAGUACUAAAUUGCCCUCAAACACUCGUGCCAUAUCCACUGAUCUCACUGGUCCUGAAAGCACGACAGUUGCUAAAACUUCUACAUCGGAUGCCGCUGUUACUGCUCAUGUUCCUUCAACUUCUCAGUCUGUUGUGGGCUCUACUGACCACGUCACUUCUACUACAUCAAACAGUGAACUCGGUGACGCCGUUUCUUCGACUGUUGAUGCUGUUCCCAGUGUUGGAGUCAUUACUCCAUCCACUGGUUCUCUUUCUAAUGUUGUUCAGACUGUAGUAUCUUGCGGAACUGCAAGCGUUACUUCACACGGCGUGGCCCAGGUUAUUCCAACAGCUACUGCCAUUUUGAAAAUCUCUGAAACUAUUGGUGCUGUUAGUGCUGUUACUGGCACGUUAUCUGAGAUACCUGAAAAUGCUUGUGAUACUCAAAGUGCUUUAACUAGUCCUUCAUUAGCUUGUAAAAAGACUCCAGGAAUAGUUUCAAGCUCACCUAAAACCAUGCCUCAACCUGAGAUUGGUUCUAGUCAUCAUUCUUGUCCUCAUUCCUCUGGUGCUGAAGCUUCUGUUAAUGGUAAUACUUCUACCGCUGAAGAUGUGCCAAACAUGGCGACCAACGAUGUUGCUAACGAAAAUAUCUUCUCGCUAAACGGGGAGGAAACUAACAAACUAUCUGGAAAAGUUACUGAAGAGAUUGUUGAUAGUCGUUGCGCUUCAGAGUCCAAGGCAAUUGCUUCAGAAUCCACUUCUAGAACCCCUUUCCCUACGUCUCAGCCCAAGGUUUCAUCUUCGCAGUCCAAGGAUUCUUCUUCUGACACCACAGUUCAGGAUUCUCAGAACAAUCUUCCAGCCUCUAAGUUAAAGGUUCCCUCUUCUCAGUCUAAUGUUUCAGGUUCUGAGUCCAAGGUUCCCAGUGCUCAGGCCAUGGGUCGCGCCUCUGAAACCCAAGUUCACAGUUCCGGAGUCGCCCUAAAAGAUUCCAUGCAAUCUGACGGAAAGCAGCAAGACUCUUCUAAGACUCGAACACGUUCUGGCAGUGAAAACAAGAGCAGCGCAUGCAAGAAAACCGAACCGAUGCCCAUAACAAGCAGGUCUCUGUCGCACUCGGGAACUUUCUAUUCGCGUUCAAACUCAGAAGCUGCUCAUCAAACGCCCAGGACUGUUGAACAGAAGCCCGCACUCGAGGUGCUCCAGAGUGACUCUCACGCCCGCCCUCGCUCGCUGGAGGCCGACAACGCCCUGCCGCCCGAACACCAGACCAACUUGGAGAGAGUCGCGAGCUCCAGCCUAGACUCAGUAACUGAUGAAGACGGACUACGCCGCCACCGCCACAGUAUCCCCGGGCAACUCAAUCACUACUUAUCGUUCGUGGCGGGGCUUCACCAGCGCUCUCUGACGUCGGGACUGCCGCCCCCUCCUCCUGUCUUCUCCACUGCGGUCAUCUCAGGCUCCACCUCCGCUCCUGAUCUCCGCGAGACUUUCCACACUAUUCGAUACGUCUCCAGUAUCGAAGGACAAGGAGGAGUGCCCUCAAUUCGUCCUCUCGAAACCCUCCACAACGCUCUGUCUUUCCGGCAACUGGAUGAAUUUCUACGUCGCAUCACGCGCUUCCCGCGGUCUACUCUUUCUUCGUCGCCGCCAAAAACUUCGCCUCGCCAACAGUUUCCUCAUCAUCAUCAUCCGCGACUGUACCUUGGAAAAAUCGCAUCAAAACCUGCAGACGGGACACCGUCGGUGCCUUCGCCAUCUUCAGCCUCCAGCAUGAGUUGGUGGUCAGGACCUCCUUCUUUCAUAUCUUCUGGGCCUCCGUCCCCAUACACCACAGCUUUACUCGACUCUCCUACUCACUCUCAUCCCUCGCAGCAACAGUUCUUCGCCAGUGGUUCUGUUCAGCAACAGCUGGAUCGGUGGCUCCCUCCAUCUUGUGGUCCUGCAAGUAAUGUCACUUCUCGAUCCCUAGCUGCUGCCACCAUUCCCGAAGGAACAGUGGUUGGAAGUUACGUGGCAUCAGAAACGCGCACCAAAAGAUCGUUGAGCCAGCCUGGAACCAUCUAUGAGCACGUACCAGGUUACGAUGAUGACAAACACGUUAUUUCGAACGCUAAACGUCACAGUUGUAGUCAAACUACGAGUUCAAGUCGAGCCCCAAUGCUUCUUAGGAAGUCCUCUACUGAUGAACUGCCAAAUCUGAAGGAAAAUUUAGAAAGCCUUCCAGUUCAAGAGCGAUAUCAGAAAGAAGCUUAUCUCAGGGAAUGGAUGGUGAUGCAAGCAAGUAAUUCCAUGACGGGACACGAAUGUAUGGAAGAAGUUGCCGUCAAUGCGCCGGAAUGUUUUCCCAUAGUUGAGUCACCGAAUGAUUCUACUCGACUAGAAGAGACAGCUCGUGGAUCGCUAGUAUUAAGCAACCCACAAGCAACUAGUCCUUGCAGCCCAAGUGAAGGUGAAAUAAACGAAGAAGAGGAAGGCUCUGAGAGUUGUGGUUCACAGUCGCACACUGAAAUAGCGUCCCUCAUUGAAUACCCUGUAGACUCGGCGACUCCAGACGUGUCUCUCAGUGAUGCCCAGGAUGGCUGUGAUGCAAUCGAUCCUCUAAGUUCGUUCGCUGGCUUUAGUCCUGGAUCUGUUCCAGCAUCGUCUGCUCAGUGAAUUGUAGACUCAUAAUUUGCUGAAGAUAGAUGUCUGUCUUUUUUUACUUGAAGUGAAAUAAUGUAGUACGCCAAGAUAUCAGAAAAGACGUUUCGCUCUGAAAUCUUCGAUUACACUAGACCACAAUCAAGACACAACAUUAAGGAAAACUUUGCAUUUGUGAGAAAAUUCAAAGAUGGUGCUCUAAUUUUAGCUUUCAAUACUGUGUUGGUGAUUGCAUUCGUGAUUCCAAGAAUAUCAAUUACCUUGGACAAGAACACGAUAAAAUUUUUCACACUUUCAUGAACAAAAAAUUUGAUUAAACUAUUACAAUAAUAACUGAUGAUCAUUUGACGCAUGACUGCUCUGUUAUUGUCAAUGGAGCAGGAUUCUCCACGCCAGCCAUUCUAAACGCGAUAAAUUUAAUGCUAACUUGCUUCUUCUGCAUCUCUCGUUUGUGAAAAUUCCAUCCGUGUGGUGUUACUCACUUGUUUUCUGAAGUUGAAUAAUGAAUGUAACCUGAGCCACAGCUUGGACUUGUGUAGUGAUGUAUCUAACAUUUGGGUGUCGUGGGUGUGCUUUUGUCGAAUUUAUUAGAUUCAACGAAAAGCCUCGUAAAACCGGCGACUGAUCUGAAGCGCGUUUUUGGACAUCAACGAGAGCAGUUUCCCCGUUAUUCACGCGGAAGAGGCUUUUUAUUGUAUCGGCAACACCGGGAUCGCUGCAGGAGCAUCAAAAUUUUCUCGCCCAAGCCACAAAUUUUGACGUGAUAUCACCUGUGUCAAUUAGUAAACCCGCCAUGCUAUUUUCAAUCACACAAGCGUACCAUUAGAUAGAUAUUCAGCGUUUGCCGAAACAAUGAUGUAUCAUAGUUUGAGUUCAACUCAAAUUUAUUUGGUUUCUUUUUAGAAAUUACUAGUAUUCUAAAAAACUUUCAUGGGCAUAAAUAUCGAUUGGACGUGGACAAGAAGAUAUUUUCUCGCACGUCAACAUUAUUUAGUGUCUUGGUAAAUUUUAAUGAAUCAAGUUAGGUAGCAGGUCAGUCAAUGAAAGGCGAUAAACAAAUCCAAAUGUGACGGGUGACGUGAUCGGGCUGUGAUUGUGAGAAUAGUUGAAUGUGUACAAUUGCCAUGGUCCUUAUCAGGAAUAUGUUUUUUUUUAUGAUCUCUAUCCAUUACUGGCAUUGUAGUUCAACUUGGAAUUGAAAUUUGGACUGCACUGCAAAAUGGCUUAAUUAUGUCACUCGUCUUAACGAUACUUGAAUAGUUGAUUUGCAACUUUGACUUUAACCUCUCAGUUCGG